AUGAGCCCAACUUCAUUUGACUGGACCACUGAGGUGUGUACAGCCGAGGCAAAGGGGGAAAUCUUGCAAUGUACCUCUCAUACCGGAGCCCAAGGGCAUAUCGAUUUCAUCAACAUCAUCGGGGUUCUGUCUUCUACCUCUUCGUCCAGGUACCAGGUGCUAUUCUUUGUGAGACCAGAAAGUGAAAAUGACGAGGGACUCGGGUACCUGGAGACAACAAACAUCCCAUCACUGCCGCCUUCGUUGUCAUCGUUCGUUGUAACGCUUCCAGAUCAUCUUCGACACCUCGAGCCCGUGCAGGUCAUCAUAUCAACCCUAUCGGGCACAGGAACAGCCCAGACGGUGUACCGAGAUAUUUUGUCACCAUUUCUCUCCCAUCUAAGUAUCAAACAUCAGGUCCACGAAACGCAGUCCACGCAGACGAUCAGCGAAUUAUCUGAAUCCCGAUUCCUAGAGCGCGCCUGCUCGGGAACCCCUCAGACCAUCAUUCUCCUUUCUGGAGACGGGGGUCUUGUUGACAUCCUCGAUGUUUUCUACAAGUCUACUCGGGCCAUCCAAGUGCCCCCGCAUAUCGCUCUCGUCCCUUGUGGGACCGGUAAUGCCAUGGCGAGCUCUAUUGGACUACGAUCAGGACCAGCCUCAAGUCUCAAAGCAUUGCUCUUCGGUCAACCAUUUCCCAUUCCCAUCUUUGCGGCGACAUUCUCUCCCGGGAGUCAACUCGUCGUUGAUGAGGGGCGUAAGAGGGUGCCUGUAAAUUCUGAACCCGAUGCUUCUCAUUGCACCAUCUACGGCGCCGUUGUGGCAAGUUGGGGACUACAUGCCGCGCUGGUUGCAGACAGCGAUACAGUGGAAUAUCGUAAAUUUGGGUCUGAACGGUUCAAGAUGGCAGCCAAAGAACUUUUGUACCCUUCAGACGGCACCGAGCCUCAUCGAUUCCAAGGCAAGAUCACUUUUCUGAAUGCACAUGGUCAGGAAGAAAAGAUCAAGGAUGACGAACAUAUGUACGUCUUAGCUAGUCUUGUUCCCCGACUGGAGAAAGACUUUCUCAUCUCACCGGAUUCGGAGCCGUUGGAUGGGCAGAUGCGACUCUUACGCUUCGGUCCCCUCCCAGCGGAGGAAGCGAUGCGCCUUAUGACGCUAGCUUACCAAGGAGGUCAACAUGUGCAGCAGAAGAUAGUCACUUAUGCAGCAGUUGAGAAGAUCCGAAUCGAGUUGCAGGAAGACAUAGAACGAUGGAGACGAGUGUGUAUCGAUGGUAAAAUUGUCGCGGUAGACAAAGGGGGGUGGAUGGAACUACACAAGGAAACCCGACAACUUCUACAGAUCGUCAAACCAUGA